UUUGUUUAAAUAAUCUUAAUUUUCUUUUAGGUAUAUUGGAUCCUGUCAUGUUAGUGUUUCUAGGUUUCUCUUUGGCCACACUUGAAUGUUUUCCAGAAGAUCUGCUAAAGGAAAUUUUUAACAUCAAAUUCUUAGCCAGAUUGGAUUCUCAACUUGAAAUUUUAUCUUCAUCUCUAAGUAUGAGGGUCCAGCUUCGUCUUAUGGAGUUAAACAGAGCAGUCUGCUUGGAAUGCCCUGAGUUUCAGAUUCCAUGGUUUCACAACCGCUUCUGUCAACAAUAUAAUAAAGAUAUUGGCAGCAUGAAUGGAGCACAGCAGCAGAUUUAUAAAAUGUUAGCAGAGAUACUAGGAGGAAUCAAUUGCAUCAAAGCCUCGGUUCUUACGCCUUAUUGCCACACAGUAGAUUUUGAGUGUAUCUUGGAUAAAAGAAAAAAACCUCUUCCUUAUGGAAGCUAUAAUAUCACUUUGGGAAAACUACCAGAAAUACACUGGGAAUCAAAUACACAAAUAGUUGGAUCAAGGCUGCCCCCAGGUGCUGAAAGGAUUGCUUUGGAAUUUUUGGAUUCAAAAGCUUUUUGUAGAAACAUCCCUCACUUAAAAGGAAAGUCUGCUAUGAAAAAACGACAUUUGGAGAUCUUAGGCUAUCGUGUAAUUCAGAUUCCUCAUUUUGAAUGGAACUCUAUGGUACUGUCAAAAAAGGAUGCUCGGAUGGACUACCUGAGAGAACGUAUAUUUGGAGAAGGCAAAUCAUGAUUGUAGUUUUUAUUUAAAGUGAGUUAUCAUGGUGUGUCAUAGGACUUGCUUUAAUUAAGUGGCCUGCCUCAAU